CGCCUAGUCUCUCUAGAUCCUUACUUUACUCUUCAAUUAAGCCUUUCCCUCUUAUUCAACAACUCGAAACAUACCUAAGAGACUAAAUCACCGCCCGCUCUUCUUUUAUCUAAAGAUUCACACUCGACGCGGAUUCCAUUAAUUACAUUUCGACCAGACCUGUGCAUGUGACCUCGCUUAUAUCAUGUAUAUAGCAACGUCUGAAUAGCAUGAUCAAUCAAUCCACAGACUCACAACACAUAAAACGAUCAAGGACUGUGUGUGAUCUUACGAAGCCCCAACACAAUGAUGUCGCUUCGAAUCACAGAGCUAUAAUCCGUCCUGCAUUCUGUACCGUGAAAGUCAAUUUUCACAAUCUCAAACGGCAAAAUGUACGCUGUGUUGGCCAACACUGUAAGUUGUUUUAUUUACAUGGUGCUCUUAUUUCGCCCUGCUUACUUGGAGACUCCUUAAGUACUGGGACUGGGGAUGGGUCCAGCAUCUAUACAAAGAGCUCGCGAGGUAGCCUAAGCUCUGCAGAAAACAAAGUCGACGACCUCUGGACCGCUAUUUGUACCUGGCAGUUCCCAAUCACGGAGGAUUACCUCAUCCGUGUCCGAGACCGACUCAUCCCGUCCAAGCCAGGUUCACCAGACAUCACCAUCGAGUAGCUCCAGAAUGGAAAACCUUCUAUAAUUAUCAUUAUAGAGAACAGGCGGGCAUCAUGCACCACGCGAACCUCAAGUUGGACCAACGCCAAUGCUCAGUUGGGCAA